GAACCACCCACCAACCCUUCCCCCUCUCCUCGCAGAGGAGCCAGGCCCCACGCAGUGGCCCUCCCCGGGCAGGGGCCAGCGGAGCGUCUCGUGAGCCGGACCGGACCGGACUGUACUACACCUACAUCUCUACAUUAUGCCUCUACAUAUCACUGUACUCCCAGCUGACCACCCCAUGGUCCCAGUAGCAACCCCUAAGACCCCCGGUUGAAAGUCUCUGGGGUCUCCUCCCCUCGGGACUCCCCCCUGGAUCAAAUAAAAAAUUCUUCUUUGUGUUUGUUGUCGUCGUCAACGUGACCGCCCACGCGCCCGCACUCGCAGGUGCACCCACAUGGGGGGGGGGAGCGCGUCGAUCCAAAGACCUACUUGGGACCACCUUAGGACCCCCGUUCCAGUCACCACAACAGACCGUAGCGAUGUCUUCGACCCCCAGAAAACGACACAGCUACGCGGGAAGACUGUCGUAUUCAGCUUCCACGUCGUCGUCACCCUUGAAAACCCCGAGAAAACGACCCCUGAGCCCGUUACACAAAGAGCUCCAACCAGUACAACUGACGCCUCUCCAAGGGCUGGGCGGCACCAUCAGGUCCCGGACACACCAUCACAACACCAACAUCAAGGUGAUUGCCAGAUUCCGACCUCAAAAUGAGGAUGAAUUGAGACAUGGGGGAACGCUUGCCGUGGAAGUGGCGGAAACUAAUGGUGCCGCGGCGGGGAAUCAUGUCCAAGUGAACGCGAGAGACUUUUCGCUGACGUUUACGUAUGAUCGCGUGUUUGGACCCAUGGCCAGCCAGAAGGAGGUGUACGACUACUCGGUGCACCAGACCGUCGAGGACUUGUUCAAGGGCUACAAUGGGACCAUUUUGGCGUAUGGACAGAGUGGGUCCGGGAAGUCUUACACCAUGUCGGGACCACCCGACGGAAAUCAAAAUAAAGAGAAAAACAAAAACAAAAACAAAAACAAUGCCGCGGGCGCGGUUCGAAACGGAGACCGCCACCAGGAGGACCAACAACAACAACAAGAAGAAGAUCCUGAUGAUAGUAUGGGGAUUAUACCUCGGAUCAUCGCGGAUGUGUUCAGACUUAUACGUAGAGGGGAUGUAGAUUUGGAGUACACUGUAGGAGUGAGUUAUAUGGAGAUCUAUAUGGAGAAGAUCCGAGAUCUAUUGGACGGUGGUGGUGGCAAUAACGAUAAUUACAACGCCGCCACCACCACCACCACCAGCUGUAGUAUCCAUGAGGACAAGAUCCAAGGGGUCCACGUUCGAGGGUUGAGCCAGGCAUUUGUAUCGUCGGCGGAAGAGUUACAGGCCCUUCUUGAGAAGGGGAACCUGAACCGAUCAAUGGCAGCAACGCAAUUGAACGUUGAGUCGUCGAGAUCUCAUGCCAUCUUCCAGAUCAACCUCUCACAACGCCAAACCAUCGAUGGGACCAUCAAACGUUCAACGUUGUUCCUUGUGGACUUGGCCGGACUGGAGAAGGUCGACAAGACAGGGGCCCAUGGCCAAGGGUUGGAGGAGGCCAAGAAAAUCAACAGUUCACUUUCUGCCUUGGGGAAUGUGAUCUACACUUUGGCUGAGGGUAAGGCCAGUCAUAUCCCAUACCGAGACUCCAAAUUGACGAGGAUUCUCCAGGAAUCGUUGGGGGGUAACUCCCGAACGUCCUUGAUAGUGACGUGUUCUCCUUCUUCGGUCAAUGUCUCGGAAACUCUUUCCACGUUGAGGUUUGGUUCGAGUGCCAAAAAGAUCAAAAACCACGCUCAUAUCAACACGGAGAUGAGUAGAGAGGCCAUGAAAAUGAAGCUAGAUGGGUUGGAGAGAGAGAAUGUCCAACAAAGGGUAUAUAUUGAGGAGUUGGAGAGGAAGUUACAGCAGCAGCAGCAGCAGCAGCAGCAGCAGCAGCAACCACAAGCGGUGCAACAAGCUCUUCAGAUGCCUGGGGCAGACACUGGACUAAUCCAUUCCCCCAAGACUCCCUCAAGAAUCCCUCGGAGAGUCAAUACCAUAAGUGGCCACAAGACCAUGGACGGCACCACGACAGGAGACUAUAUUUCAGACACCUCCGACGCUCGAAUCGUCCCCAUCUUGAACGAAAAGAUCGACCUUCUCGAGGCCACGAUCCUCGACAUGAAGAUGAAGAACCUCCAGGUGUCGCACGAGGAAGACCUGAAGCUCUUCAAGCUCGAGAAGAUCAUCCUUGCGUUCUCCGACAAGUUGAACGAACUCGAGCAGGCCAACUUUCUGCUCAACGAGGACAUCGUGGCACUGUCGCAGAUCAUCGCCUCGAGAAACGAACAGAUCGUCAAGCUCGAGAGGGUUCUCCAGGAGCAACAGGUUCAAAUGCUGCGGGAAAGCAUGAACAUCGAUGCCAAGUUGGGCAUGAUCAAGGAGAAGAUGGCCAGACAGGCCCAGGCGCUGGGACAGAGCCCACGUUCGGGCAACACGGCCUAUUUCCACAACCGGCCCCUUUCGGCCUUGUUCACCAACGAGCUCGGCGACGUGGCCGAGGGGGGUGGCGACCCUCUGACCGGGGCUGGGGCUGGAACUGCAUCGGCCACGUCCUCUCCCAAGAUUGGAAUAAACUUGAGGAUUGUAAAGCCGAUCAGAGGUGGCGGUGCCAACCCAGAAACCGAUCAUAGAGAAGUCCAUGAGCAUGGCGGAAGUCAUUGGGGAAGUCCAUAGAAGAGCGGGUGGGGCACUGUACGGUGCACUCCACUGGGCCCCUACCCGGGGAGGGCCACUGGCGUGGUGCCUGGCUCCUCUACGAGGAGAUCUCGACCCCUCCGGCCAGUUCCUCGCCAGAGGAAGAAGGCCCCCAAGGCUAGUGGCCCACGGAGUGCCAGCGGAGCGGCUUGCAGCCCCGCAAGGAAGGGAGUACUCGCAGCCCUACGGGGUCUGUGAGCCGCUCCGCUGGCCCCUGCUCGGGGAGAGCCACUGCGUGGUGCCUGGCUCCUCUACGAGGAGACCUCUCUGAGGAGACCUCUCUGCUGUGUUCCUCGUCAGAGGAAGAAGGCCCCCACGGCUAGUGGCCCACGGAGUGCCAGCGGAGCGGCUUGCAGCCCCGCA